UCAGAGCCAGAGCCGUCCCGGCGCCCCGACACAACGCGCGACCAGCGACGCGACGCCCAGCUCAUGCGUCGCCUGGGCUACACGCAGUCGGCCAUCAGCCGCGAGCUGGGCCUGUCGCUGGGCCAGGUGCAGUACGCCCUCUCGCACGCCGAGACGCCCAUCACGCGCCCCGGCCGGCCGAGCAAGCUGAGCGAGGCCCAGGUCGAGGAGCUCAAGGCCUUCAUGGCGGCGUCGCCGGCCAACGAGCGCAUGCCGUACGGCAAGAUCCCGCAGGCGCUGGGCUGGGACGUGGGCGAGUACUGCAUCCGGCACGCGCUGCGGAAGCUGGGCUAC